AUGACCAUCUGGGACUCUCUGACCGGCCGCAAGUCGGCAUCCACCACCACAUCCGGAUCUACCGCUCCGCCCACAGACACCCAGACCGACUCCUUCCAGCCCGCGCCAUUCGACCCUUCGACCGCCACCGAUGUGUCGUCCUUCCUUAACCCGUCGACCGCUUUCGACGCCUCGCAGCUGCACCCGCUGGCCGGCCUGGACAAGGACACGCUGGACUACCUGACGCUCGAGGAGGGCGCUCUGUCAGACCUUCCUGGCGCCCGCUCCGCCCUGCCGUCGCGCGGCUGGUCCGACGACCUGUGCUACGGCACUGGCACCACCUACCUGACUGCCCUGACACUCGGUGGCGCCUGGGGUCUGGCUGAAGGUCUGAACAAGACCACCCCGCAGAUGGCUCCGCGCCUGCGUCUCAAUGCUGUCCUUAAUUCCGUCACCCGUCGCGGUCCCUUCUUGGGCAACUCCGCCGGCAUCGUCGCCAUGGUCUACAACAUCUUCAACUCCACCAUCGGCUACUACCGCGGCAAGCACGACGCGACCAACAGCAUCGUCGCUGGCGCUCUGAGCGGCGCGCUCUUCAAGAGCACGCGCGGUUUGAAGCCCAUGGCCAUCUCCAGCGGGCUGGUCGCCGGUGCCGCCGGCACCUGGGCGCUCGUCCGUAAGGUCGUGUUCGAGUAA